GAAAGGAAAAUAUGCAUAUACAUGCACAGGUUGAUGCUACACUGGUGAUGCGGGUAUCUAUCCGGGCGAUUACACACGAGCGAUAGUGCGGGCGGUACGACGCAAUGAUCUAUAGUGACAUCGAAAAUGAGAUGAUUUUUGUGUAGGGUUAGGGCCGGUGUAAUAUUUAACAUCGUGGUUCUGUUUAUUGCUUCUCUGACCCACAUUGAGUACCCCAGCAUACGCCGUCUGGCUACGGUAGGCAGCACAUGAGUCAGAAUUUUUGUCUGCGCUUCCAUUUGACGAUAGCAGUGAUACAAAGUCGAGUUUGCCCCGGCUGGCAUAGCCGGGACCAGGUGUCGUAUCCGAGGACAGCGAAUUACUUGGACCAUGUAACGAACGUGUGAAAUUACACAGAGAGACAAGUAUCAAGUGGGGUCCACAACCAACGCCGCGUGGUGGUUGGCACUUGUCCUGCCUAGGAGCUGCGUCAAAGAGAGAGGGAUCGAUUUGGCAGUUGAAGAACCGUCAGCACACAGUAAAACAGGCCAACUCGCGUCGACAGGGGAAUGGACGCAGUUGAAGCUGAGACAGGCCUUACAGAGUGACCAUGGUAGCGGCCGUUGUGAUUGGUGUGGUGUGUGGAGCUGGGGUAGCGCUCAUGGUCGUGGUGCCUAUGAUUCUGUACAAGUACACCAAUUGCUGUGCCAGCUGCAAGAAGAAGCAUAAAGAUCAUGAGGCCCAGAAGAAGGUAGCCAUGGCAAAACCAACUCAGGAGUUUUACAUCCCAUCGGAGAGAGUGCCCGUCCAGCCGGGCGUGGUCGCCAUGCAGACUCAGACCCCCCUGGGGUCCUCGCGGCCCGACCUCCGCCAGCUCUCGCACUCCCGGCACUCGCUGGGACCGCCCAGCGAGGCGGACCGGCGCAGCCUGACGAGCGAAUCCAGCAUCGGCGGGUCGUUCGAGUCGGACAUCGGCGCAGUCCAGCCGGAGCUCUACGCGCGGACCAACGAGGUGGUGGUGCUGAAGGGCGCUGAGGCCGAGGGUGGCGCCGACACGGCCAAGAAGAAAUGCAACCGCGGACGCUUGCACGUCAAGCUCAAGUACGACUUCAACACGUCGGAUUUUGUGGUGCGACUCAUCGAAGCUGAGGAUCUUCCUGCAAUGGAUUUCGGCGGGACAAGCGAUCCGUAUGUCAAACUGUCCUUAGAACCAGACCGUGACAAGAGGAUUAAACAGUCAAACGUUCAGAGGAAAACUCUGAAUCCCACAUUCAACGAGAGGUUUAAGUUCCCCAUGACAUUUGAAGAGACCCAGGCCAAGACGUUGCGGAUGAACGUCUACGACUUUGACAAGUUCUCCAGACACGAUGCCAUCGGGGAAGUGUCCAUCACCCUGGCCGACUUGGACGUGUCUCGGGAAGUCGAUGUCUGGAGCGACCUAGAGGAUCCCCAGGCGAGGCACGGCAGUUUAGGUGAUCUGCUGUUCUCUCUCAGCUAUCUUCCGACGGCAGAGCGCCUGACGAUUGUCAUCAUGAAGGCGCGGAAUUUGAAAACCAUGGACAUCAGUGGUAGUGCUGAUCCAUUCGUCAAGGUAACUCUCAUACAAGGAGGCAAAAGAUUCAAGAAGAAGAAGACGACAGUUAAAAAGAACUCGUGCGAUCCGGUGUGGAACGAAGCCAUCAUCUUCAACGUGCCGGCGUCUGCUCUUAAAACCUGUUGCUUGGAGAUAAUGGUGGUGGACUAUGAUCUUCUUGGCCAGAGCGGCAAGAUGGGCAUGGUCUUGGUGGGCGAGGAGUGCUCGGGACUCGGCAAGACACACUGGAACGACAUGACCCAGUCCCCUAGGAAACCGGUGGCCAUGUGGCACACGCUGCAGGAUUGACGCAGGUGACCUGCCUGGGGUAAUUAGGAACUCUGCAAAACGAGACAUCCAUUGGAUAGCGUUCCAGUUACAGGCUAGAUAUCACCACCAACCCAUUCGUGUCAAUGCAGACGAGAGAAACAAGAACGGUCUGUUCAGAAAGAGUGAGCGGUUUCAAGGCCGGAUUAAGUGUUCCACAUAGACCUUAUAGGCAUCAGUAUUUCAUAGAGCAGGAGCCCCGUUUUCCAUGUGGAUGCUAUAUAAGCAGUACCAAGGUACGUAGUAGAGAGUCCCAAAGAGAGUGACGCUCGUUUUCUCUCAGGCUUCCGACUUUUUGUAGGUCCAAGGCUUUCAGGACCUGCUGUGCCUAUUGGAUAAUCCAUCCCUGGGCAGUUCCAUUUUUCCAAGUAUAUAAAGGCCAUCCAUUGUAACCCAUUUAAUAUCUUCUAAGGUUUCCUGUGAUAUAAGAAAAGCACGGGAAAUCAACAAAUACUUGCCAGUGUCCCAUAAUUCUUUUCGGUCGGCCAUCCUCGAUGCCAAUCUGUGUCUAGAACAGGUAGUUUGUGGCCGUGGGGUGGUCGAAAUCUCGGUUUCGUGCCCGUGUCUCGGGCUUUGUCUCUGUCAACGACGCCGUUUUUACGCCUGUAUACUAUUGUGAAUUGAUGAAAAUUCAUUCAGGCGUUUAAAAUCGGACCAUGCCGGAGACGGAAAGGAAGUUGAGUAAAUGGACUGGAAAUCCUCACGGCCUCGAACGUUGUUCAUCUGUAUGCCACAAAUAAAAUCGUCCACUCCACGUGAACACUGAUAUAAAUAGAUACCAUAUCCCAAGCAUUAUAUCCCAAUAGACGAUCCUGACUGAAGAUUGAUAACAAAACCCCUUGCUGAUUAUGAAAAGCCGCGUCUUAUAAACUAAUCUACCGACUGUGACCUGUGACCACGCCUAGCCUGUGUACAGUGGCUGCAGAUGCCGCAGCCGUUUCACGUCUCCCAGAAUGAAUUAUUCGAUUAUCCACUAAAUGUGUGUUUGUUAAAAAGUGGCAGGGGUCUAUACAUUUCGGCAGAAACAAUGAGCCAGGUCGGUAUUUCAAAAGGCCAGGGUCUUUCGGGAACACAGCGCACGCGAGUCAGCGUAUGGCUGCGCUGAUAGGACAGACUAUCGCGCGCGUAGCUGUUACCGAAUACCCGUGAUGGGUAUGCGCUGUUAGAAUACCGAACUGGGUCAUUGUAAUACACCAGAAAAGAACAAUUGUUAAAACUCUUUGUGGAAGACGUUUUCCCAGAAGAGGGCGCUGCAGAUGAUAUCUAUUAACAAUCAGAAAGCUAAAAGACCGUAUCCGAAACCGGCUUCCAGAGCUACGGCUACGUCUGUUGUCAGCGUGUCCCUGCUUAUCUACGACUGAACGCGCUAAGACCUAGACCAAGCUCUAGACAACAGACUCGGCGGUUGCAGGCUAAGGCUCCGACCGAUGAGAACAAAAUGCUGCCAUUCCCUCUUCCGAAUUUUUCCCUUGCGGUGCCCACGUGAAACUCCAUUUUUGCAACAGUGUUUACAUUUGUGCCUCUUCCGGCACAUGGAAGGUUGAAAAAUCGUUCAAUUUUCGAGAAUUGGUCCUGGAAUUUUUAUAAUCAAGAAAUAUAAUCAAAUCAUCUUUUAUCGAUGCUGUUUCCUUUUGAAAAAAUCUCACAGAUUUGUGGUGCGUAUUGUACAGGAAAAACAUCAAAAAGUUUCAGCUUAGUUCAAUUUGUAUUUUAAGUAGGUCUAAUGUGACAGUUUACGAAAUUUUACAUUUGAAGAUAGUGCAGUCUCGUCAAGAAACGUGUCCAGUGGGCUCGAGUGUUUUUUCCCUUUACAGCUUCGGCAAAAACAGAAAUAAUCACCCUUUUCUAACUUGUGAUUUGAAAUAAUAUUAUUUCAGCAACAAUUAAGAAGUUGCUCCUGAAAGCCUUUCGUGCAGGUUUAGGUUUGUUUACACGGAAUCCAUUCGGAAAACAGCUAGACCUUUGAGUCUGUUGGCUUCGAUUAAUCUCACAGAAAACUCGUUUGGAUUUUCAUCUUUGCUGGAAAAUUUCUUCUUGCAAUUUCGCUUUUAACGUUUAUUGUCCAAGUAAGAUUUGCAGUCGCUGUGCAUGUACAAGAAAAAAAUUAAGUGUCAUGCUCGCUUAAAUGUAAUUUUUCAAAGAGAGUAUUUUUGUAACAAACUUCGUAUGUGACAAUGGUUCCCUUGGUAAGGCAUGACAGAAUAAAAGGGGGUCCGUUUGGAAUGCAAUAAUUGUUUUUUUCAAAGUCUAUUUGUGGAAAAUUCCACAGAAAAAAAUUAGCAAGGUGGCAGACUUAACGAAGCCCGUUUUUGUCAUCUCGUUUGUGUGAACACAUUUGUGAGGAAUUUUAUCUCAGUCUCCCAUUUUUGAAGCCGAUGGGCAAUACUGCACAAAUGGGAUUGUUGAAGGCAGGUUCAUACUUCAGGCGAAUGUGAAAGCGCAGCCAAUUUGACGUCACGAACGGUUUGCGGCAAAAUUUCGCUCUCGUUGACAGGUAUUUUAACUGCAUGAGUGAUAAUUCUAAAGCGUAAUGUAUAACUGUUUGCUAAAUUUGGUUAUAUCUUUACAGAAAAUGUUUUUGUUUUAUCGAAUUCCAUUCACUCUUUAUUAAAGUAACAAUUUUCGGUUAAUGCAGUUGAAAUUGUUUGGUUCUAAUGGGGUUCGGUAGACCCUUUCUUUGCCCGUUGGACUAUAUUUCGCAUACUGUCAUCUCCUUGUCCAUCUAAAAUUUAUUCCUUUUUGUCUCAUUUCAAUCUCGCUUUCUCCAGCUUUGAAAACAAUGUAAACAAAUCACUUCGUCAGUAAAGAAACUACUGGUAAAGAAAACAAGGGGAUGAAGGUUUUUCUAAAUAUAAAGAGAUAUCCGUUUAGAAAAUUAUUUGGUCUCGCAUCCUAGUCCAUUGUUUCUCUUGUAAUUUUGCCAUUUGCUUUCUGUAGUCUUCUAACACUCCCGAUACGGUUCAGCAGGAUGUUUUACAGUAGGUUUUGGAAGUGCAUUGAAUGGUUUUGGCUGGUAGAUAUCAGACUACACACCUGCUGUGCAGUGUUCAGACAUUUGACAUAAUGUCAAACAUUGAUGGAAGUUGAAUCUCUCGUCAGCAAUGAAUAAUGUAAGAUGGACUGGACUGCGUGCGUUUGAUGUUUAAAUUUGCCAGGGGACCAUAUACGACAACAAUCUUGCCUUUGCCAAGCAAAAUGGGAAGGGUAAUCAACAGACAGAAAAUUGGCGGGUAGAACCUAUAAAGUUCUAAAAAAAUGUGUGAGUAAUUUCUACGAAAAUGUUAUUUGUUGUUUGCAUGCAUGGCAUUAAGCUAUCAGAGCUCUGCUUUCCUAUUGAAGUUGAUGAUAAUUAAAUUUGAUAGUAGUUUUGAUGUAUGGUAUGGCUAUGCUACACUGAAAAUAUAUAAUGUACUGCACCUUGUGAUGUUAAAAUUCAGCAUAAAUUUAAAUGAUAAUUAACUUCUGUAACAAUAAUUUCUGUAAAUUUUCAGAGCUCUAUUUAAUUAUGAGAUAUAUAACAGGAUUGUAAAUAUUGAACAGUUCUAACUUUGGACAGAGUAUUUGAUUCACUUUUGGAUAUAUUUACUGAUCAAACGUAAUAAACUACCAAAUGUAAUUACACUGUAAACUAUUCGCGUUCUGAAACGGUGUGUUACCGUCGGUUGUGUAUUGAAUACAUGGUGCGAGCGUAAUAACACGGUUAUUUAAACUUCCUAGCUCAUA